AUGGCUACGGAAGAGCCCCAUGCGGUUCCCGCCGCGGGGCCUCAAGACUGCGUUCCGGAUCUUCAAAGCAGUGACUCUGCGACCACAGCAGAAGCAGUUGCUGCUGCAGCUGCCGCUGCAGCUGCUGCAGCUCAGCUAGCUGUGGCAACGAGCUCAGCAGAUGGUGGAUAUCAAGCUCACCCUUUCACGACCCUUUUUUUUAUCGACUUCUCCUUCCUAAGGGCUGGCAACAUCACGGAGGUCGUGGAGAUUGCGUGGGUGGUUUUUGAUGUGGCGACCCGACAGUCCCUAGAGGAAGUUUCUGUUCUUGUCCGCCCGGAGCAGCUCUUGGCGCCGGCUGCGGUUCUCACCAAGCUUGGAGUCACGCAGGAGCAGCUCUUUGCCGCCUCGACUUUGGGCGAAGUCAUUCAGAAACUCGAUACUGCAAUCUUCCAGAGAAGUCAAGACGGCGUAAAUUCUGCAAUGCUUUGUGUCUAUGAACCCGAGAAACUGAAGGAUUUCCGCGCGUGCGCAGCUGCUCGCCAAGUAACUCUCUAUCCCCACUUCGCGCAAGCUGUGGUUUUGAAGCGCGUUAUCCAGCAGUUUUUGAACAUAAAAGGGGACGACUUGAGGAGCCUGAGUACGGCGGCGGGCGCGCUGCACUUGGCAGCACCAGAAGGGCGGGAAGAUGGUUUGGCGGCGUGUCGGUGCAUGUGUGCCAUUUUGUUUUUGCUGCUAUCAAAGGGCCUGCUUUUGCUGAAGGAGCAUUCGAUUAACGUGGAAGACCCGUCUUCCGGAGAGACCCUCAAACCGGUUGGAGCACCGGCGGCGAACGGAUUCGCUGGCGUUGGAACACAUAUUCGUUUGAGAGGGCUUCCUUGGGACGUUAAUGAAGAUGCCAUCAUCCGCUUUUUGAAGCCCGUUGUUGACGUUACAGAGUUGGAUGUUUGUGUCUGUGUUGGCCUUAACAAACGCGUGACAGGAGAGGCGUAUGUGAAUGUCCACACAACUGACAUGCGGGAUGUGGCAGUUCGGACUCUUCAUGGUCGCAUGAUGGGGCCACGGUGGAUAGAGGUGUUCCGGUCCAGCGCCGAAGACUUCGAAAGGGCCAUGCAGCGAAGGGUAGCGGUGAUGAACUCGGGCACGAGAGACGGUCGGGACGCUGAUGUUAAGGGCCUGAACUUAACUGUCUUGAAGCUACGCGGAUUGCCAUGGACUUGCACUGACAACGACGUCGUCAAUUUUUUUCAAGAGCAUGGAUUCGAGAUUGGAUUCGACUCUGUUGUUUUGGGAGUUGCUGUGGAUGGAAGGAUGAACGGGAUCGCAUACGUCGAGCUUCCCGAUGCUGCCACAGCAGAUGCAGCGAAGGAGAAAUUGCACAGGAAAUACCUCGGUCGCAGGUUUGUUGAGGUGUAUCCGUCUACUAGAGAGGAAAUGCAGAGGGCGAAACGACCAGGGCGAAUGAUGCCGUCUGACGUUGGCGUGGGAGCUAUGCGCAUUCAACGUCCAGUAAAUGCUCGCGUGAUGAGCGGAACUGCUCAAGGACCGUACAACGGAGGAUAUGGGGCCGGACCGCAGGCAUAUGGAGCCAUCGGGGGAGGUAUGGCGCCCACCCAAGCAUACGGUGGCAUGGAUGGUAUGGGCGGUCCCCCGGGAAGCUAUGCUGGCUAUGGUGCACCUACCCACGACAUGUACGGAGGAUAUGGGACCGCUGUCCAAGCCGCCUACGGCCAAACGUCUCCACAAGUUGCGCAGCCGGCGGCUGCACAGGAAGUAGGGCCCAUUCCUGCUGGAUGGAGCUAUACUGUGUUGAGGCUCCGGGGGAUGCCCUUCAAUGCUAAUGAGCAACAUAUUGUGCAAUUUUUCCAAGGUUUCCACAUGACGGCAAUCCUCCCGUCUACCAUUCCCAUAGAUGGCCGGCCGUCUGGAGAGGCUUAUGUUCAGUUUUCUGAUGUUAAUGAGACCUGGAGAGCCUUACAAACGAGGAACGGUGCUCGUAUGGACAGGCGAUAUAUUGAGCUUUUCCCCGCAAGCAAGCAGGAAAUGACGUUUGCAGCACAAGGAGGCGACCCGAGAGCUUUUAGGGAGAGGGACAGGGCUUUUUGA